AUGAGACCUUUAGUUCGCUAUCGAUUGAUACCGUGGUGCCUGCGACAAGCGGUAUGCCAGCCAGUAUCGAAGCCCAUUGGAUAUAGAUUGAUAUCAACGAGAGGGGGGAAUAGAUCGCCUCAGGGUAAGAAGACAAUACCGCUAUUGAACAAACCAGAAUCGUCAAAUGUCGGUGCUUUUCCAUCAGCACACCAGCAGCUUCUUUCCCUGAAACCGAUUACACCAAAUGACAGUUUUAUAUCUAGUACUGUGUUUGACUCAAAAGGUGCAAUAGUAGCGGUUUCGAAGAAGUUUCAGAAAUGGGAAUUCCUACGGAAGCAUGCCCUAUAUCCCAGAGAUUUACGAAAGAUAGAUACAUCGUCUGUUGAUAUUAUACCCAGUAUUCAAGUCAAGCCCAACAACUGUAUCGUUCUGAAUAUGCUGCAUAUAAAGGCUUUAAUAGAAAAGGAUAGAGUUUAUGUUUUCGAUACAGUGGAUCCAUCAUCUGCUGUUAAACUUGGUGUAUUAAUGUAUGACUUGGAGUCAAAGCUGUCACCUAAAAUGGGUACACAAGUACAGUAUUACGAGCACCGAGCUCUGGAAAGUAUUCUAAUUAAUAUUAUGAGCUCGUUAGAGGCGGAAUUCAAACUACAUUACUCAAUUUGUGGGCAAAUAUUGAUUGACUUGGAAAACGAAGUUAAUAGAGAUAAACUGAGAGAACUACUGAUUAAAUCCAAAAACCUAACUUUAUUUUAUCAAAAGUCAUUACUUAUUAGAGAGGUUCUUGAUGAAUUAUUGGAAAGUGACGAUGACUUGGCAAGUUUGUAUCUAACUGUUAAGAAAACAGAAGAGGAUGAUUUUUCAGACCUGGAAAUGCUAUUAGAGACGUACUAUACUCAAUGUGAUGAAUAUGUUCAACAGGCAGAAUCACUGAUCCAGGAUAUUAAAUCAACGGAGGAAAUCGUUAAUAUAAUUCUGGAUGCAAACAGAAAUUCACUUAUGCUUUUAGAGCUAAAAAUCACAAUAUAUACAUUGGGGUUCACAGUGGCUACGUUAGUGCCAGCAUUUUACGGUAUGAAUCUAAAGAACUUUAUUGAAGAAAGUUAUUUAGGUUUUGGAGCUGUUGUAGUGUUUUCUAUUCUUUCGGCCUAUCUUGUAACUAGAGCUAACUUCAAGGCAUUGAAGUCAGUAACGAAAUUAACCAUGCUAAAGUCAUCGAACCCAUCACAAGCUUCUUAUAACAUGAAGACAAAUUCCACACUAAGACCUGCCUUGGCACGUAUUCGAGGUUUGUUUAAAUGGAGAAAGAACCCCGAUUCAAAUGGUCAGCCUAUUUGGAAUAAACAAGAUAGAGAUGUUAUUUGGAAGUGGCUCAUGGAUGAAAAGAAGUAA